AUGGAGUUCUGGAUCACUGAAACCAAUCAUACUGUCCACAGUAACAGUUCCAAUCUGGCAAUUGGCUUCACAUCUUCUGCCAUAUCUGUUAUUUUGUUUGGCUCAAAUUUUGUGCCGGUGAAGAAGUUUGACACUGGAGAUGGUAUGUUCUUCCAGUGGAUUCUCUGUGCUUCUAUAUGGAUAGUUGCUUUAGUGGCGAACCUGAUCUUGCGCUGUCCAAAAUUCUGGCCUCUUGCUAUGGUUGGAGGCUGUGUAUGGGCAACAGGAAAUAUUACAGUUGUUCCAAUUGUGAAAACCGUAGGACUUGGGUUAGGCCUUCUUCUAUGGGCUUCCACCAAUCUUCUCACUGGCUGGGCAAGUUCAAGAUUUGGCAUGUUUGGAAUAGAUCCAGAAGUAGUUCACAGGCCGUAUUUAAACUAUGCAGGAGCCGGACUUUCGGCAAUAAGUGCAGUUAUUUUCCUCUUUGUGAAAACUGAUGUUAUAUCUGUUACGUCUGAACCAGACACCACUCCAAUUCUAAGGGACAAACAGAUCAAUUCAGAGGAGGACAUGCCAUCAGAUGAGUCAUGGUUAGACAAAUUAUCACCUUUACAAGGACGAAUAAUAGGCUCAGUGAUGGCAAUUUUUGCCGGGGUCCUUUAUGGCUCCUGUUUUAUUCCUGUCCUCUAUAUCAAAGACCACAGCAAGCGAAAUGACAGCAUGUAUGCUGGAGCAAGCCAAUUUGAUUUAGAUUAUGUGUUUGCACACUACAGUGGAAUUUUUGUCACCAGCACCGUUUAUUUUCUUAUCUACUGUGCGGUUAUGAAAAAUCGUCCUAAAGUUUAUCCAAAAGCAAUAUUGCCUGGUUUUAUCUCUGGCUGCCUAUGGGCAAUAGCAAACUGCUGCUGGUUCCUGGCUAAUACCUACCUCAGUGCUGUGGUCAGCUUUCCAAUAAUCACUGCGUUUAGUUUAAAAAUUGAUCAUUUGUAA